AUGGACAACCCUCACCUCUACCUGAUCCGCUUCACGCAAACACACAUCGACUUCCGCCUCGCAGAGCUCGAGGCGCUCGAGACGCUGCUCAACCGCAACCUGCCGCUCUCUCUACGCCAGCGGCGCCAGCGCGUCAAGGUGCACGUCGUGCGGUAUGAGGUCGGCAGUCCCUUUUGCGUUGUGCGCUUCACGCUCGUGGGUCGUCGAGAGCGGGCCGGUGGUGGUGCUGGUGGUGGUGGGGAGAACGGGUUACAGAAUGCGCGUGCCGAGGACGACGAAUCAGAAGUGCGGUGCGAUGAUGAGGUGCUGCUGGGGGAUGUUGCGCGGCGAUUUAUUGCGCGCAGCGUGCAGGCGAAGGGAAUCUAUGAGCUUUGGGGGCAUGCUGAUGAUGCUGGGUUCGGGGAGGAUGCUACGCGGCCGGUUUCUAUAGAGGCUUCAAAAACCCAUGGGUCGGAGCAGCGUGAGGCAUUGCGGCCAGAGACUACGGCUGCGAAGCCUGAAGCCUCGUUUACUGACAUUGGUGAGCCGGCAGUGGACAAUCACAAUUCAACCGUGAUGCCGCCCUUGUAUGCUGCACUCCACGCCUCAACGCACACAUACUCUGCCCACCGCUGGUCUAGAUAUCGAAGCAAUCCUGGCCUCAAGUUCAAGUUCAGCGUCGACUCCUUCAACCACGCUCGCUCAGCCCCGGAGCAGGUGGAGAUCAUCAACUCCUUCGCAUAUCUUGAUUUCGACGGCCUGGUGCGCAUGAAAGACGCGGCUGAAGAGUGGGUCGUCUUCGAGGACUGGGCUGGACCUCCUUCCGCAUUAUUAUCAAGAGUAUCAACUCCUGCAUCGUUUGCUGCCGAUCUGAAAAUAUCUAAUCAGUCAGACGCCCACGAGAACAUCCCAGACGCUGCACCGGCGCCAUCAACAUCGACCAACGGACGCUACCCUAACACAUAUCGCUCACUGGCCCGCCUAUACUUCGCUAGGGCAGUCUCAACCACUACUCUCCGACCCCUGAUCGAAGUGCACGAUCUCAAAAAGCGUCCAUAUAUCUCUACCACCUCCAUGGAUACCGAGCUUGCGCUAGUUACCGCCAACCUCGCACUUGCAUCGACAGGCAAGAUGUUCCUCGACCCCUUUUGCGGCACCGGUGGUUUUCUUGUCGCGGCCGCAGAGCUGGGUGCGUGGGUGCUAGGCAGCGACAUAGACGGCCGCAGCUUCAAGGGAAAGGGCGGCGCGGGCCUGGAGAAGGGCGUGGGGCGAAAUUUCGCAAAGUACAAGCUGCAUAGCAGGCUAGGCGGCUGUUUGACAGGAGAUCUUGUCAAUACUCCGUUAAUACGUGGCGGUGAAGCGUAUGGUAAGGGCCGAAGAUGGUUAGAUGGGAUCAUCGCAGACCCGCCGUAUGGCGUACGUGAGGGUCUGAAAGUGUUGGGUGCUCGGAAACCAGCCACACCCCUCGGCGGCGAGGACGAGUCGAUGGAACGUAAGCCGUAUCUUAUCGAUGGUGUACCAGCGUACCUCCUGCCCGGAUAUGUUGCGCCAAAAAGACCGUACAGCUUUGACAAGAUGCUUGACGAUGUGCUGGAGUUUGCGGUGGCGACGCUUGUUGACAGUGGGAGAUUGGCCUUCUGGAUGCCCAGUGCGAAUGAGAAUGAAAGGGGCGAGGAAGAAGAAACGAGAAUUCCAACACAUCCGGGCUUGGCUCUGAAACAUGUGUGCGUGCAGCGCUUCAAUAGGUGGAGUCGGCGCUUGCUGGUGUAUGAGCGGAAGCUGGGGGUGAUCGAGGAUGCGGGAAAUGGAGUCGUAGCGGCUGCCGCGAGCGCAUUGAGCCUGGAUGCUGGUGGCAGAGCAGACGACUUGAAUUCGUUCCGGCGGCGAUAUUUCCAAGGCUUCGCUGUUGAUAGCGAGCCAGGUGGGAACGAUUGA